AUGUUCAAUGGACUUUGGGGUCGGUCGGCAUAUAAUCUGGAAACUGUGAAUGCGGAGGGCAGAUCAGGGGGACUCGCCUGUCUUUGGAAUCCGGGUAUGUUUGUUUGUGAUAAUGUAAUCAAGGAUCGUCAAUUUUUAGUCCUGUCUGGGUCAUUGAUUCAAUUAGGGGUCCGUAUCAAUUUGGUGAACAUCUAUGCCUCUAAUGAUGCUUCAGUUAGAAGGAGUUUAUGGGAUAGGUUGCUCGGGAUUAAAAACUCGAUCCAAGGGUUGUGGGUCUUCAUGGGAGAUUUCAAUGAAGUUAGGGAUGAGUCGGAGAGAUUUAAUUCUGAAUUCUUUGCUUCAAAUGCGGAGUCAUUCAAUCAAUUUAUACUAUCCGCGGGUCUAAUUGAGUACCAAAUGGGCGGGGGUAGAUUUACAUAUAUUUCUGACCGUGGAGAUAAGUUAAGUAAGUUGGAUUGGUUUCUUGUAUGUCUUGGUUUUAUGGAGAAAUGGCCGACUGCAUCGGUUUUGGCUCUUAAUCGCGAUGCAUCGGAUCAUAGACCUAUAUUAUUAUCCACUAUUCCACCAGAUUUUGGUCAUAUCCCGUUUCGGUGCUUUAAUUCAUGGAUGGAGAUACCUGGUUUUCUGGGUUUAGUGAAACAAUGGUGCCAAGAGUUCACAUUCAAUGGUCCAGCGGAUCUGGCUCUCUCUGUUAAGCUUAGGUGGCUGAAGAAUAAGAUCAAAGCUUGGUUAAAGAUUGAGCGUGUUAGAUCAGAAGGGGCCUACUUAAAUAACAAGAAUCGCAUUUGUACUUUGGAAAAGUUGGCCGAAGUUCGUGUUCUUGAUGACGGGGAGCUAGCUGAAAGAGCCAAAUGUAUUAACAACAUCUUAGAAGCGGAUCGGAGGAAAUUAUCAGAUAAUAGGAAAAAUCCCGAGCUAGGUGGGCCUUUUGCUAUUAAAGAAGCUUUUUUUGCAUUUUUCUCGAAUCAAUUUGUGGAACCACUGAACGACAGGCCAUCUAUUACUUGUUUUAAUUUAGUCUCGCUCUCGCCAGCUGAGGCGGAUGCCCUUACUGAGCCGUUUUCUGUUGUUGAGAUAAAGGAAUCAAUAUGGGAUUGUGUGGGGGAUCGAGCUCCGGGUCCGAAUGGCUUCAAUUUUAAAUUCAUAAAAAACAAUUGGGAUAGCUUUCAAGGCGAUUUCCUUCGUUUAUUCCAUGAAUUUUAUGCCAAUGGUUCUAUUAACCGAUGUUGUUCAUCGUCAUUCAUUGCUUUAAUUCCGAAAGUUAAGGAUCCUACGACCCCAUCAAACUUUCGCCGUAUUAGUUUGAUUGGUGUAGUCAAUAAAGCAAUCUCGAAGGUGUUGGUGAAUAGGCUCAGGAGAGUGAUUGGCAAACUCGUGUCAGAAGUACAAUCUGCAUUCUUGGCUGGGAGGAAUAUCUCGGAUGGACCCUUGAUACUAAACGAAAUGAUAGCAUGGAUGAAGAAAGUUAAGAAAUCGGGCAUGAUAUUGAAGAUUGCAUCAAUAAAGCCUAUGAUUCACUAA